AUCUGGAUAUGAGAUGAGGAGGAGUGAACUGAGAACUGAGGCUGUGAACACACAUUUCACAUUCAUCUGAGCACUUAUUUCUAACAACUUGCAAUCUUUUCUGGAAAACAAUGUUGGUCAUCUUGGCAUUUUUAAUAAUUCUUCUGGACUCAGUCAACUGUGAAGGUGAUAUAAAUCUUCACGCUUUCAAUGAACAGAGGAUAAAUUGCAAUGAGAAGACUGUCUUACAAUGCAACAUCAGCUCAUCAGUGAAUUUUGACAUUAUCAGUACCAACUGGAAAAAAUAUAAAAACACUUUUGAAUGUGAUCCAAGAUCCAGCGAAGGUCCUUCAGGAUUUGAGUGCAACUACACAAAGGAAAUAUUAACAUUAACUAUUUUACGGCCUACACCAGCAAACACAGGCACUUAUUCUUGUAAUCUUAAAACCAACUCGGGACAUGAUUCAAAGAAAAUCGAUGUAUUAAUUGAAGGAGAAUGCAUUGGAGAAUUCUCCCACCAGAUGGUUAAGUCAAAUCAAAUACAAUGUGCUUUUAAUGGCAUUUACCCAGAUGGCAUAAUAAACUGGUUUCAAAAUGAUAAGAACUUGACGUCCUACUCUUACAUCACAAGACACCAGAAUAACUCUGAUGGAACGUUCAGCAUCACAAGUAUCCUAAACGUCCAAGACGAACAAGAGAGAUAUAAUUGCUCCCUGUGGUCACUAAAAAAUGGACAAUACCUUAAAAAUCAACAGUUUGAAGUGCCAGAUGUGAUUUCCAGUCCAAGAAGUAGGAUGAGCAGACUGCAUUGCUUACAUUGGCUACUUCUCCCCUUUGGCCUGAUCCUUUCAUUGAGAGCCUAUUUGUUUCUAUAGUCCUUAUAAUUGACUGUUGUGUAAAAUCUGUUGGAUUUAAUAACAAUAAUAAUACUAUAUUUACCUAAUCACUUUUAGUCAAUGUUCAAGGCGCAUUGAUUCAAAGCAUUUUUCUAUUCAAUGUUUCUAUAUUCUACUACUGAUAUGACUACUGAGGUUUCCAAAAACAUUUUACACUAUGGUCUUAAUAAAGUGCCUGAUGUGAUCUUCUGCUGUUUUAGCCCAUCCGCCUCAAGGUUCGACGUUCUGAGACGUUCUGUGAUGUUCUGACUUUGUCAGUUCAAACCAGUCCGGCCAUUCUCCAUUGACCUCUCUCAUCAACAAGACGUUUCCAUCCACAGAACUGCUGCUCACUGGAUGUUUGUUUUUUUCUGAUGUAAAUUCUAGAGACUGUUCUGACGCAUGACAUGAAAAUCCCAGGAGAUCAGCAGUUACAGAAAUACUCAAACCAGCUCAUCUGGCAUCAACAAUCAUGUCAUGGUCAAAAUCACUGACAUUUUUUCACCAUUCUGAUGGUUGAUGUGAACAUUACCUGAAGCUCCUGACCUAUAUCUGCAUGAUUUAAAAAAUUACACUGCUGCCACAUGAUUGGCUGAUUAGAUAAUUGCAUGAAUAAUAAGUAGGUUUGUGUGUGUGUGUGUGUGUGUGUGUGUGUGUGUGUGUGUGUGUGUGUGUGUGUGUGUGUGUGUGUGUGUGUGUGUGUGUGUGUGUGUGUGUGUGUGAGCGUGUAUUUAUCACUUUGUGGGGACCAAAUGUGUAAAAGUACACCUUGUAAAACUUUUGAUUUCAUAAUAAUGUACUGUAUGUAUGUAUUGUAGCAGCUGACAUUCAACCACUCUCCAAAGGAUAUAUUUAAGACACAUUUGAAUGCAUUAUUAUACUUGCAACUUUCAUGCUCGUAAUCCAUUUGACUGUAUAAUUGACAUUAAUUGAUUGCUGCAACGAUAACAAUUCAUGGAUAUAAUCAUUUGAGAUGAGUUAUAAUACACAUGUACACUAAUUAAAGAUGACUCUUCUUUUCUGCAUGUGAUGUUUCACUAAUGUGUACAUGCAAAUAUACAACAUUCUACUCCUUUUAAUGUCAUUUAUUAUGUGCAGUUCCACUUAGAACCACAAGGAGGCAUACUUGCACUACAUGUCACAUUUUUGUAGAUCAUGUACUGUUUAAUAUUAAAACGACACAGCUGAAAAUCAAAACAGGUUCAGUGUGCUUUCU